AGCCGGCAAAGGAGUUUUUUCAGCCAUGAAGCUUGGCAAGACGCGUCCAUCAAAGGAUGACCAUCGGAAACAAGAUGAACCCGCUGUUUUGGAGGCAGAAGACCUGGACCGAAAAGCCAUGAGACAGGGGUGUAGACUGGAGCCAGAUACCAUCUCCUUGGCCUCCGUCACAGCUGUCACCACCAAUGUCUCGAAUAAGAGGUCCAAGCCUGACAUCAAAAUGGAGCCGAGUGCUGGGAGGCCAAUGGAUUACCAGGUCAGCGUCACCAUCAUCGAGGCCCGGCAGCUGGUUGGGCUUAACAUGGACCCUGUGGUCUGCGUGGAGGUUGGAGAGGAAAAGAAAUACACAUCCAUGAAGGAAUCGACCAAUUGCCCUUACUACAAUGAGNAUUUCGUCUUCGAUUUCCACGUCUCCCCAGAUGUCAUGUUCGACAAGAUCAUCAAGUUGUCCGUGAUCCACUCAAAAAACCUCUUGCGCAGUGGGACUUUGGUAGGCUCCUUCAAGAUGGAUGUUGGAACUGUUUACACUCAGCCUGAGCACCAGUUCUACCACAAAUGGGCCAUCCUUUCCGACCCUGAGGAUCUCACUGCUGGGCUGAAAGGUUACCUGAAGUGUGACAUCGCCGUGGUAGGGCAAGGGGACAACAUCAAGACACCACACAAAGCCAAUGAGACGGACGAGGAUGAUAUUGAAGGGAACCUUCUCCUCCCAGAUGGGGUCCCUCCGGAGAGGCAGUGGGCUCAUUUCUACAUCAAGAUCUAUCGAGCAGAGGGACUGCCCCGUAUGAACACCAGCAUCAUGGCCAAUGUGAAGAAGGCUCUCAUUGGGGAGAACAAGGACUUGGUAGACCCCUACGUGCAGGUGGUCUUUGCAGGACAGAAGGGGAAGACAUCCAUACAAAAAAGCAGCUAUGAGCCUCUCUGGAAUGAGCAAAUAGUCUUCACAGAAAUGUUCCCCCCAUUGUGCAAGCGAAUAAAGAUCCAGAUCCGAGACUCGGACAAAGUCAAUGAUGUGGCCAUUGGUACCCAUUUCAUUGAUUUGCGGAAGAUCUCUAACGAAGGCGACAAAGGCUUCCUGCCCACCUUUGGCCCUGCAUGGGUGAACAUGUAUGGUUCCACUCGGAACUACACCCUAAUGGACGAGCAUCAAGAGCUGAACGAGGGUCUGGGUGAAGGCGUCUCCUUCCGGGCCAGGCUUUUGAUGAGUCUUGCUGUGGAGAUCUUGGACACCACCAAUCCAGAGAUCAACAGCUCCACCGAGGUGCAAGUUGAGCAGGCCACAUCAAUUGCUGACAACUGCACUGGGAAGAUGGAGGAGUUCUUUCUCUUUGGAGCCUUCCUGGAAGCUACCAUGAUCGACAGGAAGAUUGGUGACAAACCCAUCAACUUCGAGGUCACAAUAGGUAACUACGGGAAUCAGAUCGAUGGCAUGACCAAACCUGUCCUGCGGAGGAAGAAAGAGGGAGGGGAUGGGGAUGAGGAGGAGUCCGAGCUGCUCCAGAACUCAAGUGAGGAUGAAGGUGAUGAGGAUGGAGAGCUGGUCUCUGUUUCCUCAUCUCAACCCAUGAAGCCCCUGGUCACAGACAGGAACUACUUCCCCCUGCCAUACUUUGAGAAGAAGCCCUGUAUCUAUAUCAAGAGCUGGUGGCAGGACCAGCGCCGCAGGUUGUACAAUGCCAACAUCAUGGACAAGAUUGCAGACAAGCUGGAGGAAGGGCUCAACGACGUGCAGGAGAUGAUCAAGACGGAGAAGCCGCACCCGGAGCGCCGGCUCCGAGGGGUUCUGGAGGAGCUGAGCAGCGGGUGCUUGCGCUUCGUGACGUUGGCUGACAAGGACCAGCACCAUUCUUCCCGCACGCGGCUGGACAGGGAGAGGCUCAAGUCCUGCAUGCGGGAGCUGGAGAACAUGGGGCAGCAAGCCACGACUCUGCGGUCGCAGGUGAAGAAGAAUACCAUGAAAGACAAGCUGAAGCUGGUGCAAAACUUCCUGCAGAAACUCCGGUUCUUGGUGGAUGAGCCCCAGCACACUAUUCCCGACAUCUUCAUCUGGAUGAUGAGCAACAACAAGCGCAUCGCCUAUGCCCGCGUCCCUUCCAAGGAUAUCCUCUACUCCAUUGUGGAUGAGGAGAUGGGCAAGGACUGCGCCAAAGUGAAGACCAUCUUCCUCAAGCUACCUGGGAAGAGGGGCUUUGGACCUGCUGGCUGGACAGUUCAGGCCAAGAUGGAGAUAUACUUGUGGCUGGGCCUCAACAAACAGCGCAAAGACUUCUUGAGUGGCCUGCCCUGUGGCUUUGAGGAGAAGAAGACUGCCAGAGGCCAAAACCUGCUGUCCUUCCCACCCAUCAGCCUCCUUUACACCAAGAAGCAGGUUUUCCAGCUGCGAGCCCACAUGUACCAAGCCAGGAGUUUAUUUGCAGCCGACAGCAGUGGCCUUUCGGACCCCUUCGCACGAGUCUUCUUCAUCUCCCAGAGCCAAUGCACUGAGGUUCUCAAUGAGACCCUUUGCCCAACCUGGGACCAACUGCUGGUCUUCGACAAUGUGGAGCUGUAUGGAGAGGCCCAUGAGAUGCGGGAUGACCCUCCCAUAAUUGUCAUUGAGAUCUAUGACCAGGACACAGUGGGCAAAGCUGACUUCAUGGGCCGCACCUUUGCUAAACCAGUGGUGAAGAUGUCGGAUGAGCACUACUGCCCGCCGCGCUUCCCCCCACAGCUGGAGUACUACCAGAUCUACCGGGGCAACUCCACAGCGGGCGACCUGCUGGCUGCCUUCGAGCUGCUCCAGAUUGGCCCUGGGGGCAAGUCAGACCUGCCACCAAUCGAUGGCCCCACAGACAUGGACCGGGGCCCCAUCCUGCCAGUGCCACUGGGGAUUCGGCCAGUGCUGAGUAAAUACAGAGUGGAGAUCUUGUUUUGGGGGCUGAGGGAUCUGAAGAGAGUGAACCUGGCCCAGGUGGACCGGCCCCGGGUGGACAUCGAGUGUGCUGGGAAGGGGGUCCAGUCAGCCCUCAUCCAGAACUACAAGAAAAACCCCAACUUCAGCACUUUGGUCAAGUGGUUUGAAGUGGACCUCCCAGAGAAUGAGCUGCUCCACCCACCCCUCAACAUCCGUGUGGUGGACUGCCGGGCUUUCGGGCGUUACACCCUGGUGGGGUCCCACACUGUCAGCUCCCUCCGAAAGUUCAUCUACCGCCCACCAGAUAAGAAAACCCAGCACUGGAAUAUGACAGGGGAGAUCGUUGUCAAUAUGGAACCUGAGGUUCCCAUCAAGAAGAUGGAGACGAUGGUGAAGCUGGAUGCUAACUCCGACGCAGUGGUGAAGGUGGAUGUGUCUGAGGAAGAGAAGGAGAAAAAGAAAAAGAAGAAGAAAGGUGGAGGAGGAGAAGAAGUGGAAGAGGAGGAGCCAGACGAGAGCAUGCUGGACUGGUGGUCCAAGUAUUUCGCUUCAAUUGAGACCAUGAAGGAGCAACUCCGGCAGCAGGAAGCAGCCGCAGCAGAAGCGGAGGAGAAGGAAGAAAUGGAGAUUGCAGAGGAAAUUAAACUUGAUGACUCUCCCAUGAAAGGCUCCAAGGGUCAGGCGAAGAACAAGGAGAAGUCCAAGGCACCCAAAGACGAUAAGAAAAAGAAGCAACAGUCAGCCCCUGAGCCUGCUGAGAAGAAGAACAAGCAGAAGAUUGACGAACUGAAGGUCUUCAACAAAGAGCUGGAAGCAGAGUUUGAUAACUUUGAGGACUGGCUGCACACCUUCAACCUGCUCCGUGGGAAGAUUGGGGACAACGAUGACAAUGCAACAGAAGAGGAACGGAUAGUGGGGAGGUUCAAAGGCUCCAUGUGUGUCUACAAAGUGCCACUCCCUGAUGAUAUCACCAAGGAGGCAGGAUACGACCCAAACUUUGGCAUGUUCCAGGGGAUCCCCAGCAACGACCCCAUCAAUGUGCUGGUCCGAGUCUAUAUUGUGCGGGCCACAGACCUUCACCCAGCUGACAUCAACGGGAAAGCCGACCCCUAUAUUGCCAUCAAGCUGGGGAAGACGGACAUCAAAGACAAGGAGAACUACAUCUCCAAGCAGCUGAACCCUGUUUUCGGAAAAUCCUUUGACAUUGAGGCCACCUUCCCCAUGGAGUCCAUGCUAACGGUGGCGGUGUACGACUGGGACUUGGUGGGGACUGAUGACCUCAUUGGAGAGACCAAGAUUGAUCUGGAGAACCGCUACUACAGCAAGCACCGAGCUACAUGUGGGGUGUCACAGACUUACUCCAUACAUGGUUAUAACACCUGGCGUGACCCCAUGAAGCCCUCCCAAAUCCUGUCCAAGCUGUGCAAAGAGGGCAAGGUGGAUGGGCCGCACUUUGGGCCAGGAGGAAGAGUGAAAGUUGCCAACAGGGUCUUCACCGGCCCCACGGAGAUUGAGGAUGAAAAUGGUCAGAAGAAGCAGACAGAUGAACACCUGGCCCUGACUGUGCUGCGCCAUUGGGAAGACAUCCCACGGGCAGGCUGCAAGCUGGUCCCCGAGCACGUGGAGACGCGGCCACCGCUGAACCCUGACAAGCCGGGCCUACAGCAGGGUCGCCUGGAGAUGUGGGUGGACAUGUUCCCCAUGGACAUGCCAGCGCCCGGCCCUGCCACUGAUAUUUCCCCCAGGAAACCAAAGAAAUAUGAGCUUAGAGUGAUAGUGUGGAACACAGACGAGGUCAUCCUGGAGGACGACGACUACUUCACUGGCGAGAAAUCCAGUGACAUUUUUGUCAGGGGGUGGCUGAAGGGUCAGCAGGAGGACAAGCAAGACACGGACGUCCAUUACCACUCACUCACUGGUGAAGGCAACUUCAACUGGCGCUACAUCUUCCCCUUUGACUACCUGAUGGCGGAGGAGAAGAUUGUCAUCUCCAAGAAGGAGUCCAUGUUCUCCUGGGAUGAGACCGAGUACAAGAUCCCAGCUCGCCUCACCCUGCAGGUCUGGGAUGCCGACCACUUCUCGGCCGACGAUUUUCUCGGUAAGCUGGGGCCAUCGAGCUGACCGCGGGGAGCCAAGACGUCGAAACAGUGCAGCCUGGAGAUGGUGACGAACGAGGCAGAGCUGCCCAUGAUCUCCAUCUUCAAGCAGAAGCGGGUGAAGGGCUGGUGGCCGUUUGUGGCCAGAGAUGAGAAUGAUGAGCUGGAGAUCACCGGGAAAGUCGAGGCUGAACUGCACCUUCUGACGGCAGAGGAGGCAGAGAAAUCCCCGGCUGGGCUGGCUCGCAACGAGCCUGAUCCACUGGAGAAACCCAACCGCCCGGACACGUCCUUCAUCUGGUUCCUGAACCCCCUCAAGUCCAUCAAAUACCUCAUCUGCACGCGCUACAAGUGGCUCAUCAUCAAAAUCGUGCUGGCCCUGUUGCUCCUCAUAAUGAUCGCCCUCUUCCUCUACAGCAUGCCAGGCUACAUGGUCAAGAAGCUGCUGGGAGCAUGA